GAGCUUUGGCGGGUAUUUAGUUCAUACUGGCAACCUUAAGACUUCUGGGUUUUUGUUCUGACGUACUGACAACCAGAAGCAUUACCAUAUUUAGUCACACUGGGCUUAUCAAUAGAAUCUCGUACCUCCGUUUAAAAAAUACCCUCAACCCUAUGUCUCAAAAGUCAAUCUUGUCAUUCUUCUCUGGGAAUAAUAAUAAAGGGACUGUAAAAACAAAUGAACCAAAUAUAGUUGACUUUAAAAAAAUUGAACCUAAGUCACAAGAAAAGACAAAGCGAAGACGCAUUAUAGUGGAAAGCGAUGAUUCACUGACGGAAAUACCUAAUCAAAGUAACGGCGAUGUUCAAAAUGGUAUUCAUUGUGAAGAUAGUAAUGGAGAAAUUCCUUCUCAAACUACUGAUUUAGUACCUGUGGAACUGUAUGCUGAGGAAACCACAGAUGGAGUUUCAAAAAGUAUAACUAGUUCAACAAAGCAGGACAAACCCAGCGAUUCAAAAAAGAGUGGCUCAAGUUAUUCAAUGGAUACAGUGACCGAACCAUCCGUUAUGAACAAGAAUAAGUCAAACAACACCCAUAAUGUAUUAAAUCUUCCUAAAAAAUUACCGGAAAGCCCUCAGAAACUGGUUACGUGUUAUGAUCCAAGCAAAACAGAUUAUCAUCCUGUUCAUGACUGCAACUGGCGAAAGGGUGAAAGCGUGCCUUACUUGUCAUUGUCGAGAACUUUUGAGUGUAUUGAAGCUACUUCUGGAAGAAUUAAAAUAACGGAAACAUUAACCAAUUUUUUCCGUUCAGUUGGCUUACUGUCUCCAUUUGAUUUGACAAGUUGUGUAUAUCUUUGUCUUAAUCGGCUGGGACCAGCAUACGAGGGAGCAGAAUUAGGUGUCGGCGAAACAAUUCUUUUAAAGGCUCUUGCUGCAACUACAGGUGUUGGAAUUGAACAUAUGCGUUCAAGUUUGAAACGGCAUGGUGACCUCGGUGUUGUUGCUGAAACAAUCAGAUCGCGUCAGAAAAUACUAUCAGCGCCAAAGCCAUUGACUAUUUCUGUAGUAUUUUCCAAAUUAAAGGAUAUCGCCUCACUGUCUGGAAAUUCAUCUCAGAACAAAAAGGUAGAAUUAAUACGUUCUCUUUUGGUUGCUUGUCGGGAAUCGGAGACCAAGUAUCUUAUGCGUAGUUUAUCAGGAAAAUUGCGUAUUGGCCUAGCUGAGCAAACUGUGCUUACAGCUCUCGGUCAAGCUGCAGCUAUGACAUCAUUUCAUUCCACCUCUGUAGAUGAUGCAAUUGAUACUUCUCACACGCUUAACGCCUCUAAUGGCAUAUCUAGUGACCGUUGGAAAGUUAUCGUGGAUACAGCAGUCGCUAAUGUUAAAAAGGCAUAUUGCGUUUGUCCGGACUAUGGUCGUCUUAUUAAAGCCCUUCUCUCAGAAGGUCAUGAAGUCCUGGAUCAGAUUUGCACAAUCACCCCUGGCAUUCCUCUGAAGCCAAUGUUAGCUUCUCCUACACAUGGAAUCUAUGAGAUCCUAAAGAGGUUUGAAGAAUGCGAUUUCACAUGUGAAUACAAAUACGAUGGCGAAAGAGCACAGAUUCAUAUUCUGUCAUCAGGUCUAAGUCAUGUGUAUUCACGUAAUCAAGAAGAUAAUACAACUAAAUAUCCAGAUAUUGUAAAUAAUCUCAUGUCCAGAGUUCUUCCAGAAUCGAAAUUAACACCUCAUGUGAUCGAAGUACUGAAUGAAAUUAUUAAAACUAGGAAAAGACAAGCUCAGUCAAAUGUAGAAGGGAAUCAGCUUGAGAGUUGUAUUAUUGACUCGGAAGUUGUGGCUUGGGAUCGUCAGGCUGGUCAUAUUCUACCCUUCCAAGUCCUGUCAACAAGGAAGCGUAAAGAUGUGGACGAAUCUACAGUCAAAGUGCAAAUAUGCGUUUAUGUGUUUGACAUACUUUUUGUAAAUGGAGUCUCGUUAAUUGAGCAACCACUCCGUAUACGUCGUGAAAUACUUCGAGAAAUAUUCCCCCAAAUUCCUGGAGAGUUCAUGAUUGCUACCUCUCUUGAUUCAUCAGAUACCGAUGAAAUUGCAACUUUUCUUGAGGAAGCCAUCAAAGGCAAUUGUGAGGGUUUGAUGGUAAAGACACUGGAUCGUAACUCCACUUACGAAAUCGCGAAACGAUCUCAUAGUUGGUUGAAAUUAAAAAAAGACUACUUAGAAGGUGUUGGUGACACCCUAGACUUAGUAGUGAUUGGUGGAUUCCAUGGGACUGGCAAACGCGCUGGUCGUUACGGUGGUUAUUUACUGGCUUGCUAUGAUCCAGAUUCUGAAGAAUACCAAACAAUAUGCAAAGUAAGUUAGUUUCUGAUAUGACGCUUAGCUGAUUUUUAAUUUUUUUCUUUAUCACAAGUUAAAAUCAGCUACUUCACAUUUUCAGAUUGGAACAGGAAUGAAAGAUGAUGAACUGAUCUCAUUCUCAGAGUUUUUCAACAACCAUAUCAUCGAAAAAGCAAAGCCCUAUUAUCAAUAUACAAGUGGUUUAGUUCCAGACCAAUGGUUUGAACCUGCUCAAGUAUGGGAAGUGAAGGCGGCAGACUUAAGCAUAUCUCCUGCGCACAAAGCAGCUGCCGGUUUAGUGAGUUCAUAAUUGUCUUUUUUUCACGAAGUAAGCUUUCCACCGGAACUAUUGAUUUGUAUAGUCAACAGCGUACAGUCUUGCCCAAAUGCUUAGAGAGCAAACAUGGAUGUUGACUUGAAGAAGAAUUAGAUUGUAAACUUUCCACAUUGGAAAUAGCUUUAGACGUAAGUUCGUAAAACCCUAUGACUACAAACAGUCAAGAAUUUCCAUGAAGCACAAUGCAUUGGCUUGCAACAAAGUAGUCUACCAUUGUACACUGUAUUCACUGUUGAGGUAGAUAGAUAUUAUUUGUUAUUCUAACCAUUCCAAAAAGCGUCGCUGUUUUUUGAAGGGCUCAGAAAAUAUCAGGGUUAGUAUGUAUUUAAUCAUCCUUAUUGGCAGUUGUGCGAAUUCUCAAAUGGUGGUAAUCUCCUAUUUAUAGCUGGUCACAAGUGAUUCCAAUUCUUGUGAUAUGACUUUAAACUAGGCAUGAUCACGACAUUUAAGCAUUUGCUGAAAGUCUCUUCACAGGAAAUUAUUCUUCGUAGCAUUCAAACUGCUCACAUAUUCUGCUCAAUAUUUCAUUAUACACGAUAAGGCUUUAUUGUUUAGUCAAUCUGAAGCAAUCUUUCACAUAUUUACUAUUUUCCUUAAACUACCCACAUUAUUUAGGCUGAUCCGCAUAAAGGAAUUUCACUGAGAUUCCCGAGGUUCAUUCGAAUUCGAGAGGAUAAAAAACCUGAAGACGCAACAACUGCUCAACAAGUAAGCUUUGUUACUCUUAAAAUUGCAUCCACUGUACAUAAAACUCACCUUUUUGGAUUUCAUGAGCAAAUGUAACUUUGACGAAUAGGAUAUGAAAUAGUGCGUUUCAGCAGAGGAUUACGCAACCUGAUCUGAUGAAUUUGGCAAUAUGAAAUAUUUCUUAUUGAAACUACUACUCCAUUGAAGUAAACAAACCUAGUUUCUGUUAGUAUACUUUUGUUGUGACACAAAGUUGUCAUCGAUGUGCCUAACAUACAGCACUGGGGAGAAUUGUGAACAGAAAAUAGAUUAUUAGACAUAGUUUGUAUUCGUGUAAUUCACAGCAUAUUUGAGAUGAACUAAUUCCAACGUUUCACGCGAAAGUUUAGUCCGAGCUUCUUCAAGGAAAUAAACACUGUGAUUUAAACAAAUACAAACUGUAUCUAAUAUCAACACCGUUUACUCAGCCCCCAAUGUAUUUGCGUUACUAAUCGGUCAAAAAAUAAAUCAUUUAAUCAACAAUUACAAGUUGUCAAUUUUAUUUUCACUUUCUUUGAGAAUCUAAUUUUAGUAAGUCUCUUUUCUAUUUGAUCGGUUGCAUUUUACUGAAGUUUUUUCCAGAUGAAAAUAAAUUUUUGAGAGUAUUUGGAAAGAUACUACCGAUCAAAUUAUAAGCCGUCUCAUGUUCGUUCUACGUGUCCUUAAACUUUGUUUUAUUUGUUACGAAAGUAUAACACCACUAUUAUAUAUCCUAUUAAAAUCGUCUUCAGAGGAAGUUGUACGAAAUCUACUUGUAGCUUUUUAAAAGUACUUACUGCGUGAAUAACCACCCAUAAUAUUGUGAAUUGAUUCAGAAAACUGUCCUAUGCAUACGACUAGAAUAGUUUUAUUGUUGAUACAUGCUAGUUUGCGACCAACGAAAUUUGGCUCGUACCUCGUUAAAAUAUGGUUACUUGAACCUAUCGCAUUUGUGGCUGGUUAUACGUUGAUUUGUCUCUUUCUUAUCCAUCUGCUAAUUUUGGAACAGAGAACUUCACUUUGUUGUAUACUUUUAAUAGACCCAUAAGUGCUAAUAGUUGGGAAAGUUAAACGAUACUGCAUUGUCUGAAUCUCGAUGCCUUCAUAUUCUGUUUUUGCCACUUUAGGUGUAUGAACUAUAUCAAAGUCAAGAACAAAUUAAAAAUCAACAUCCAAACAAUGAGGAAGACGAUGAUAUGUAUUGAUGUAUGCUUUCUUUUAUGCAAAAAAAAUUAUUUUAUAUUGUGUUGACUAUAAUUUAUUUUUGUAUAAAACAGGUAAAAUGCUAAAUAAGAUACAAUACAUUUGUGUAUAUCA